ACUUCCGAUUCAGUCUCUGUGUUUCGUGGACAAGAAAACACCGAUCAGUCCCGGAGUAUUAAUAUAUAUACAUACAUACACACACAGUCCUGUGAGUUUCAUUCAUCAGGUUCAGGUGAAGAAUCAAAUCAAAUCCAGGAGCGGUGCGAUAAAACUCUGACCAGACACGGCACCAGGAUGGACCAAGCAGGUCCGAGGGGCAGAAGAGGCCAGCAUCUCAAUCCCAGGACCAACAUGUAACUCAGAGGGACAGAUUGGGGGGGGAGAGAGAAAGAAAACACAUGUUAGGUCUCCACUCACACAAGAAACGGCAGAAAUUCAGCAGCCUGUGGUUUGAUUCAGUUUCUCUGAAGAUCGUUUGUUUGUUUUCCAUUCACAAAACACAGGGUGUGUCAGUGUGUAGGUGUGUGUACAUUAAUGAUGGCAGUGACUGAGCUCCCUGAAUCAUUGCAGCAAGAAGGUGAAAACGUUGACCAUAUCGAAGUAUUAGUUCCAGACACUCCCCCAAACCCUCAGACUCCAUCCACAGAACUAACCCCAGCCAUUACAACAGAUGGUGGAGCUGCAGACCACACCACAGACAAUGCCACACCCAAGUCUCGUCUAUCACGAGGUUUUGCACAUUUGCUGAGAAAGAACCAGGACUACAUCCGCAUCAGCAUGGUUGAGACACGCCUUCAGCACUUGCAUGUUGACCGUCUACCGGCUGAGUGGUGGAAAACAGGUGUGUCUUUUCUGUGGGCGGGGAUUAUGCUCUUCUGCACCACUGUCAUGAUCACGGUGGUGCAUGAGCGUGUCCCGGAGAAGGCGGAGAAUCCACCACUGCCUGAUAAGUUCUUCGAUUAUGUACCGCGUGUGGAGUGGGCAUUUACUGUCACUGAAGUCAACGGCAUCGUACUGACGAUCGUCUGGACCACUCAGUGGCUCUUUCUUAAACACAAAUCGAUCAUAGGCCGCAGGUUCUUCUUUCUCAUGGGGAUGCUAUAUUUGUAUCGCAUCAUCACCAUGUACAUCACCACAUUGCCUGUCCCCAGUACACACAUGAACUGUGCUCCCAAGUUGUAUGGUGACUCAGUGGGGAAAGUGUAUCGUGUCUUCCAGCUUGUCUCAGGAGGAGGUUUGUCCAUCACGGGCUCACACAUGAUGUGUGGUGAUUUCCUGUACAGUGGUCACACAGUCAUCCUCACACUCACCUAUCUAUUUAUCAGUGAAUACUCCCCCCGCUGGAUGUGGUGGUAUCAUCUGAUCUGCUGGUUGCUGAGUUUAGUGGGUGUGGUCUUUAUCCUUGUAGCUCAUGAGCACUACAGUGUGGACGUGGUGGUGGCGUAUUUCGUUACAUCACGCCUCUUCUACUGGUACCACACCAUGGCCAACAACCAGUCUCUAAGAGAUUCCCCUCAGAAUUAUCUCUCUCAUGUGUGGUGGAGGUGGUGCUUUAGCUUUCUAGAAAGGAACGUUCGCUCCGUGGUGCCCUGCAAGUUCUGCUGGCCAUUUACUCUGCCCACUUCUUGCCUAACUACGCCCUGCGACUCGUACUCCAAAGUGCAGCCGACCCGAGACGAAUGAUACACGCUUGUGUGCGCACGCGCACACACUUCACACUUGGGAUAGAAUGUUACAGCUCAGGCUCACACACAGCAGUAUUUUACAGACCGAGAGGGUACAUGUGUGUGUGUGCCUAAGUGCUUUAAAGACUCUAUAUGGUGAAGAAGCAAAUAAAUUAUUUUUAAUGAAGGAUGUUUGUUUUAUGAGUUUGUGGCUCAGCUGCAUGCUGUUAGCAUCACCACAGAGAGCAUGUUUACUGACCUUACUGAAGGACUGCUUAUGUUUAUUAACACGUACUGUAUUUUAUUUACUUUCAGUGUGUAUCUUUUGCAUUAAUACUGUAUGUAAAAGUUUAAUAUUGUUUAUUUUGCCUGUUAUGACUGUAAAAUAAUAAACUAUUUUUCUAUGUA